UGUGGUCUUUAAAAACGCGUGGUAUCGCGGGAAGUUUUGAAAUCUUGACUCAAUUUACAACGUGGUUUUUACAACGUGUUUUUAUCAUUUCAUUUGCAAAUAUUCAAUUUCUGAGGAAAUAUGGCUGAAUCAAGGCAGUUUCAACUUGAAAAGAAAGAUCCAGAAAAACGAAAAAUAUCUUGUCGGUAUUUUGUUCGUGGAACAUGCCGUGAGGGAAACAAAUGUGCAUACUCUCAUGAUCGCUCAGAUAUUCCGUUAUGCAGAUAUUUCCAAGAAGGCUCCUGUUACUAUGGAGAUAAGUGUUGGUUCAGACAUCCUGAAGAUCAGUUCAACAUAUCAAGUUGUUUUGAAGACUAUCUUGUUCCUCCAGAAAGCUUUUUCUCACUUGGAAAUGUUUUCAGCAACUGCGCUGACCCCCCGUCAAUGAGCAAUAUCAAUUUAUUAAUGGCAGCUGCUAUCUCGUCUGCAUGGUCCGAUGCUAACAAUAAUCUAGCUGAAUGUGAAACACCCAAACCGACGAUUUCAGUGGAGAAAGUCAUGGAAAUGUGGAAAAGCAUAACAGAUGAAGGUGACACAGACACCGCCCAAGAUUCGAACAAGUUCGUAGAUGAUAGUCGCGAAUCGUUAUCCGCGUUGGAUGAAAUGGGUCUGUUCUUUAGUAAGCUGGCUAAAUUCGACAUAAAAAACUGGCCGUGCUCUGAUGUUAUAGACCUGCUGUGUUUGCUGGCAGAAUUUGACGAUGUCGAAUUCACCAGCCACGAUUUAAGCAACGACUUAUUUGUGGGCAAUUUACUUUCUGAGCUGAUACGUAUUUGGAAGCCCUCGAGCGUUACGACCUCGGAGUUUCUCAACGCGUUAAGUGAUUUGAAACAGAUCGAUAUGACACAGCUUAUCGUUUGCCUGGUUAGCUGUCCUGGUGGCCUUGAUGAUUUCGACUGCUUCUUGGGAGAAGUUUUGUAUCAUCUCCUGCAGACGAAUCCGGAUACACUUAACGGGGAAUGGGUGGCAGAUCUCCUCGACAAGUUCGAAGGUAACAUGGACUGCUGCGUUGUUGACGCUGUGGAUGUCCUGUCCAGCUUUGGGAGUCUCUUGAAGAAUCCUGGCGAACUCGGAAAAAUCGCUCAUGCAUACCUUGUAAAGACCGGCCUUCAAAAUAGCUUUGAAUGCCGUUGUAAAACGGCUGAAUGUCUUUGUCCUAUCGAGAUAGAUGAGGGAGUUGCGUUCAUUUUGUUUGAUGGCCUCACGCGAAGACUGAAGUGGACAAAUAAUGAAAAGAAGGAUUUCUUUUGCAAGGCUGUGGACAAGCUGUUUUUACCAGGAGUGCUUUCUCAGCUCGGUGAAAGCAUGGGUCUCAAAAACAUAGCCAAUGAAUGUAACUGCCUCGAGGAACCGAAUAACAACAAAGCAGGAAAUGUACCAAAAACGAAAUGUCCGAGUGGUGAUUGCAGUAACAACGCGAAACGAGACUGCGUGAACGGGCUGUGUGGUCGUUGCUGCAAACGAAGUGGCUUGUGGUGUGAUGUUCACGUGGAUCUUUUCCCCACUCGGUACCAGACCGUCCGCGCGCAUGACCUGGUAAAACCACAUAUGAAAUUAUCGGCAAAGAAAGAUCUCGAUCGUUUCCUUGAUGCGAAGGAAGAGGCUCGUGCUGUGUUGUUUGGUCAUGAUUUUCCCGUCACUGACGACGCCGUCAUUAAAGUACUUGAUCUAUGCCAGAAUAUCCUGCUUCUUGAAUUAGGUUCAUCUGAUACUGGCAGAGGAAGGCUGGUUUCGGACGCCUUACUUCAAUACAUCGCUCAAAAUCGUCCCAAACUGCUGAAACUCCGAUUGGAAUCGGCGACGUCCGUCACCGACGACGGCGUGUUGCAUCUGCUCAAACACUGCCACGAUUUGGAGUUUUUGGAAGUUUCCGGCAACGACAAGAUCAGUGGCAAGUUGACCGAUCGCACUCUUAAGGCAUUGUUUGACGUGAAUAUCGCACCGAACAUUCGGACCCUGAUAGUAACCGAUCAACAUGGUAUAAGCUAUGAUGUCGUCAUGCGACUGCGCCGCUGCAGGCCUAAUAUCGAAAUAACCGCUGGCGAGACUGACAGUGAUAGCAUGGCUUGGUCGCUGAUUCUUGGUAUGACUGGUGGUUGGUAUGGCGAUGGAUUGUACUGAUGAGUCGACCCGCAUGCGCGCCUAUGUUGUGUUGUUGAUAUUUGUGUUGAUCACCAUGACGAAGUAUAUUUGCGUAUAAGAAAAACUGAAUUAAUUUGAAUAAAUUUGAAUAAAUGUGAAUAAAUUUGAAUAAUUUGAAUAAUUUCAAUUUGUACACGUGCAAGCAUUGUGUAUAUAAAGUUUUGAGAAAACAACUAAAGUAAGAAAUAUAUAAAUCAGGCCUAGCGAGAUAUUUGGAAAGAAAUGAAGAA